AUGACAACGGAGCUGGAGGAUAUUGUCGAGCAUAUGAGGCGGUUCGCCUGGCCGGAUUACCUGGUGUUCGUGUCUAUGCUGCUGUUGUGCAUACUGAUAGGAGUGUAUUUCGGCUUUGUGCAACGGAAACCAAACACCGAGUCCGAAUAUCUGAUGGGCGGUCGGACGAUGCUGGUGUUUCCGAUCGCGCUGUCCCUUAUCGCUAGCUUCAUCUCCGGCAUUACCCUGCUCGGUCUACCGACCGAAGUGUAUUCCUUCGGUAUUCAGUACGUGUAUGUAGCGCUUGGAGUCACCCUGAUGGGGUUUGUGAUGGGUUUCAUCUACCUGCCCGUAUUUCACAAGCUUAACAUCACAUCAACCUACGAGUAUCUGGAGACACGGUUUGACCGUCGAUUACGAAUGUUUGGGUCGGUUAUGUUUACCAUCAUGAAUAUUGGCUAUCUUCCUAUCGUCAUUUACGUGCCGGCGUUAGCUUUUAAUCAAGUAACUGGAGUAAAUAUUCACGUCAUAACACCUAUCGUUUGUAUUGUCUGCGUGUUCUACACCUGUGUGGGAGGCCUUAAAGCCGUCGUGUGGACCGAUGUGGUGCAAACGUUCUCCAUGUUCGGUGCACUGGUUCUGGUAGCGAUAAAGGGUACGAUCGAUCUGGGAGGAUCAGAUGUUGUGUUUCGAAGCGCAUGGAACACGGGACGAUUGGAAAGGCCCAACUUCGAUAUAAAUCCAACCACACGACACACGUUCUGGUCACAGCUGAUCGGUGGAUUCGUGUACUGGCUGCAAACGAAUGCCGUCAGUCAGAAUAUGAUCCAACGAUACUUAUCACUUCCGUCGGUUGCCGCUGGACGACGGGCUCUAUGGAUUUUCGUGUUCGGCGUGUGUCUGCUUAUGUCACUGUGCAGCUACUGUGGACUACUGAUUUACGCCACAUAUCAAAACUGUGAUCCGCUUACUACCAAGCUCGCACGGGCCAAGGAUCAACUGUUGCCCCUGUUUGUGAUGGACAUUCUCAGGGAUCUUCCCGGUCUAUCGGGUUUGUUUGUUGCCGGAGUGUUUAGUGCAGCGCUCAGUUCUCUUUCCACCUGCCUCAACUCCAUGUCGGCCGUGAUUUUAGAAGACUUUGUCAAACCGUUCGUACACAAACCACUGUCCCAGCGUACGAUCAACUGGAUCAUGCGUUCGGUUGUCGUGGGUGUUGGUGCACUCUGUGCCGCGCUCGUGUUCGUCGUCGAAAAGAUGGGUACGGUACUGCAGUUGACGAUGAGCUUGGAAGCGAUCACUAAUGGGCCACUGCUGGGAACGUUUACUAUCGGUAUUCUUAUCCCGUGGGUCGAAUCCAGGAGCGCUCUUACCGGUGGCAUUUUCGGGGUAAUAUUCAUGUCCUGGUUGAGCUUGAAGGCACAGUAUUGGGUGGCGACCGGUACGAUAGUGUUCCCACACAAACCGAUGUCGGUCGAUGGUUGCACGUACGAGUUCGACCGUUCCAUGAUAAACGCCACUAGUACGAGCGUGUACACAACUGACGAUAUUUUCCCACUGUUUCGCGUGUCGUACAUGUGGUAUACAUUCCUCGGAGCGGCUGUUACCAUUCUGGUUUCGUUGCUUUGCUCUGUAUUGAUCUUUGGACGUAACGAUCCAAAGACAGUUUCGCCCGACCUGAUGGCUGGCUUUGUGCGUCGCUACAUCCAUGGACCGGACGCUACGUUGAACGAUCGAGGUGCAUCAAACACAUGUGGCAAAAAUGGCAAAACGUUACACGAAUCUGCAUUGUAA